AAAUUGUUAUUAAGAAAAUGGACGAUAUUUGCUGAAUUUUAAUAACAUUGGAUCCCAACUGAUACGAAUUUAGUUAUGAUUCACGUCUUCAUUAUCUCGUGACAUUGAAAUUAAACGGUAUUUAUAGUUGUAGCUGAAGACAGGGAAAUGAACAAUGAUGUUUUCUUGAAUUUGAUUUUGAAUAAUCACACCUAGACUAGAGCUAGAUUUUUUAACAAUAAUACUAAUACAAUUGAAUAGGCCUAGUAGCAAGUCAAAAAAGCCAACACUGAAACAGUCUUACAACAUUACAAGAGUUCAAACUUCUUUCCUUACAGUGACAGGUGGUAAUACAGCCAAUUUUAUUAUUCAUGUUCUUCAUUGACAUCCAACAGGUUCAGAGUUCAGUGAGGAAAAGUAACGACAAUGGCAUCGAAAGUAUCUCAUAUAAAUGAUCCAUCAGCUAGACUGAAAGCAUUAUGUGAAUAUGGUUCUCAAGUGGAAGUUGACAACACAUUAUCUACCAAAUUAUAUUUUAGAUCUGGACGUGAGCUGAUUAGAAUGGCAAAUGUCUAUCUGGACGAAGCCAAUUAUGAAAGUGCUUUUAUUUUAUAUUCUAAAUAUAUAACGUUAUUUGUGGAAAGACUUCCAAGUCAUCCUGGUUAUAAGUCAUCACCACCACCUGAUCUGGCUGAAAUCAAAAAGAAAAUGAAGACAGUUUUUCCACUCGCGGAAGAAAUCAAAUCCAAAUUAAAAAAAAGAUAUAUUGAAGAACAGCGUCAAAGAGAAGAGUUGGAGGCCAAACGACAAGCUGAACUAGAAGCUGAAAAUGCUAGAAAACAGGCAGAGGAAGAAGAAAGGUUAAGAAAAAAACUUGCUGAGAAAGAAAAGAUCCGAAAUGAAUCUGAAGAAAGAUGGUGUAGAGAACAGGAAGAAAGAUAUCGUGAACUACAGUUACAGGAACAAAGACGGUUAGCACAACUAGAGAUAGAUAAGGAUAAAGAUAAUAAUACAAGUGGUUUAAAUAAUCAACGUAUAUCUGUACCGUCUGGUAACUUGGACUUUAUACCUAAUGAUUUAUCUAAUUAUAUGCCACCAACAGAUAUUGGUAUAACAACUAUACCUCCUGUACCUAAUCGUGAUUUAAAGAAAAAUCUAACAGUUAGUGAUUCAAGUUCUCCACAAAUUCCACUAGUUAAUAGAGAUAGUAAACCAAACUUUGACCAUUUUACGAGUAUUGGUAAUUUUGGAGGCGGUUCUAGUAAUAUUAGAAAAGUUGUAGUGCCUACAUCUAUUUUCACCCAGUUCCUUACAGUAGCUGAAUCAAAUACAAACAGAAAUACAGAAACAUUGGGUAUAUUAUUUGGUAAAUUGGCAAAGAAUGCAUUCCAUAUAUCUGAUGUUUUUAUACCUAAACAACAUGGAACCCCAGAUAGCUGUGAUAUGGAGAAUGAAAUAGAUUUAAUAGAUUAUCAAGAUAAAUACGAUUUAAUUACACUUGGAUGGAUACAUACACAUCCUACACAAACAGCCUUUCUAUCCAGUGUAGACAUGCAUACACAUUUUCCAUACCAGAAAAUGAUGCCAGAAUCUGUAGCUAUAGUUUGUUCACCAAAGUUCAAGGAAUCUGGAGUUUUCCGGUUAACACAAAAUGGUUUAACCCAGAUAGGGUCGUGUAAAGAAACAGGUUUUCAUUAUCAUCAAAAAGAACCACCAUUAUUUGAGCAAGGUGAAGGUGUAGAAUUAGUAGACGGAACAUCGGUACGAUUUACUGAUGGAAGAAAAUAAUCGAGAUGAAGCCUAGAUCUAUUUUUUUCAGCUUAUUUAUUAAUUUUUUUUAAUCAACUAUUAUAUAAGGAUCUUAAUGUUCUUGAUGAAAAAUUCAAGUUACUGACAAUCAAGGUUAUUGUAAAAAAUUUGUUUUAAAUAUUUUGUUACAUUAAUGAAAAAAUAAAAGACAAAUCUGUAUGAAAAGUUAUUAUUGGAUUUUUUCGGACCAAUGUUUCAACAAGUAUGACAAAAGAAUCGUUAUUAUAGUUUUGUGUUUAUUUAAUUUGAGCAAUUACUGAAUGACACUUAAACAUUUGAUAUCUUUAUGUAUCAAUAUUGGACCAUUCAUAUUGUGCUGAACACACUUUACUUUUUUCCUAUUUGAUUAAAGCAGAAGACAAUUAAUUUUUUAAAGUUGUAUAACAGCAACAUCCAACAUUUUUUCUUUCAAGUCAGUGUGCACAACAUUAUUGGCCAAUCCAAUUGCACGUAUUGCUAUAUACAGGACAGUGGUACGUAGAUAAUUAUGGGAGUUUUAAAACCCCAGCAAAUGAUGCAGUAAGGAUUAGGGUUAUAAAAUGAAUGGCUGAUACAAACAGAACUGUCAAUGGCAUCACUCAUGUGAAAGAAAGUAAGUCAGAAAUCAGAAAAAUUUUUUAUAUUUAAAACUAGUCACUAUGGUGCUUAUAAACAUGCUUUUGCAAUGUAACAUGUUUGACUAGUUCACGCAAAAUUAUAUGAACUGUAGCAGUUAAAUACAAGGUGUUAAUAUUUUUGGUAAAAUGUUACUUCACAAUUUUUAAAUAGGUCUAGUCUGUGUUAUAUUAAAGUCGAACGUUUCAUUUCUGUGUUUUUUCCUGUGAAUUAAGUGCCAAUAAAAUGUUAUGUAAAUAUAUGUUUAUACAGCACAGAGAAGUAAAUUUUCAUAAAUGUAUAAAUAUUUUAUCAGUGCUAUUAUUUAUUCAGUAUGAUUCAAUGUUGUGUAUAUGCCUUUUGAAUCUAAUGUAUAUUUGUAUAUAUAUAUAAGAGGUUUUGUAUGAUAAGUACAGUAUACUGUGUAUAUGUUCUAUAAUGUUUUUAUAUUAUGUACAAAAUAAAUACAGUAUUGUAUAUGGAAA